CCCGCAUGGCCGCGGGUACCGGCGGCAGGAAUGUGCCGCUGUGCAGCGCCGAGCACGGCGGCAUGAGGCGGGAUGGCGGCGGGGACCCGUACUGGUCCAGGCCUGAGUCCCGUGUCUGGACGGUGAUGCUGCUGCUGGGGACAUGCCUGCUGUACUGUGCCCGUGUUGCUGUGCCCAUCUGCGCCGUCGCCCUCAGCACCCGCUUUGACUGGGACAAGAAGCAGUCUGGCAUAGUGCUCAGCAGCUUCUUCUGGGGCUACUGCCUGACACAGAUCAUCGGGGGACAUAUCAGUGACCAAAUAGGAGGUGAGAAAGUCCUCCUCCUGUCAGCAUCAGCCUGGGGGUUUCUCACAGUCCUCACCCCGCUGCUCACCCACAUCACUUCUGCCCAUCUUGUUUUCAUGACCUCCUCCAGGUUCCUCAUGGGGCUGCUGCAAGGGGUGUACUUCCCAUCCCUGUCUAGCCUGCUGUCCCAGAAGGUGCGGGAGAGCGAGCGAGCCUUCACCUACAGCACAGUGGGGACUGGCUCACAGUUUGGGACACUGGUGAUAGGUGGUGCAGGAUCUCUCCUCCUGGACUGGUAUGGCUGGGAGAGCGUUUUCUACUUCUCUGGUUUGCUCACUUUGCUCUGGGUUUACUGCACCUGCAAGUACCUGCUGAGUGAGAAAGAGCUCAUCAUCCCCAUAGACUAUUUAAUGAGAGGCCUCUCAUUCUCCAAGCAGACCAAAGUUCCCUGGAAGCAGCUGUUCAGGAAGGCUCCGAUAUGGGCUGUCAUCAUUGCUCAGCUUUCCACAGCCAGCACAUUCUUCACUCUCCUCUCCUGGCUGCCAACUUUCUUUAAGGAAACUUUCCCUGAGUCAAAGGGUUGGGUGUUUAAUGUAGUCCCCUGGCUGGUGGCAAUCCCAACGAGCUUGUUCAGUGGAUUUCUGUCAGACCAUUUGAUCAACCAGGGGUACAAAACCAUCACCAUUCGCAAGUUCAUGCAGGUCGUUGGCUCUGGUGUCUCCAGCAUUUUUGCUCUGUGCCUGGGCCAGACCUCCAGCUUUUGCAAAGCAAUUGUGUUUGCCUCAGCCUCCGUGGGCCUUCAGACCUUCAACCACAGUGGCAUCUCAGUAAAUGUGCAGGAUCUGGCCCCCUCCUGUGCUGGUUUGCUGUUUGGGGUUGGAAAUACUGGUGGAGCCCUCCUAGGUGUUGUUUGUGUGUACUUGGCUGGCUACCUGAUUGAGACGACUGGCUCCUGGAUUUCUGUUUUCAACUUGGUGGCUGCUGUUAACAGCAUUGGCCUCUGUGCUUUCCUCAUGUUUGGAGAGGCCCAGAGAGUGGACACAGACUCUGCAUAUAUGGACCUCUAGAGCUGAGUCCAGCAAGCAGCUGAAGGACUGUCACAUCCAUGUGUGAUUGUUGCACAAGUGCCAAAGAACAUUUUUAUUAAGGUUUUUAGCAUGAAAAAUAUUUACUGAGACCAGAUCUGAAUGAAACUUGUGAGAGAGGAGAAGUUUAGAGUGCACUUUUUGCUCAGGGCAAAGCUGAUGGCCUGCAGAGCCAUCCAGCUCAGUGUCUUCAGUGAGGAUACAGCCCCUGUGACCAGCUUGCCCCUCUCUGUGCCUAGUGGACAAAUAUCCACUUGGCUGAAGCAGUUCACCUGCUACCAUGGUCUGCAUGCUCUGCCCUGAAGCAGUUGCUUGCUGAAGGGAGAUGCUUUGCCAUGCUGGGAGCUGGUCCCUCUGUGCUCUGCCAGCUCUUAGGCUGCCACACAGCACCUGCCCUCUGAGCUAUGCUGAAAGGAAUGAUCCGAGCCAAGGUACCUCUGACCUUAACCCUCCCUUGCGUGCCUUCACUUUGCAGUCUGCUCAAGGUACAAGCCAGGUGGGCAAGAGAAUGGGUUGUGAGAUGAACUCACUUCUGGAUAGAUGUCUACAGUGGACCUAGGGGCAUGAGGUUGCAUCAAUGCUGCCAUCGCCAUGCUUGAGCUGAGCUGGGAGGCUACAGAGCAGACUGCUCCAAGCAGCUGAGCCCAUCUUUACUCACAGGCAGUGCUCAAAGGCUCCCUCUACUCCUGGGUCACUUUACUCCAACCCUGAGCCAAGGUAGACCACCUCCAACGUG